AUGGCUGAGGUGACCGAGCUCGGGCUACAUGGCUUGGUGGGUUUGAUGCGAGAUGCGAUAACAACCUCGCUUGCUAAAUUAGCAAAUGCGAUAGACGGGGAGGAUUUGGCCGAGAUGGUGAUGAACUUGGCGGGAGAGUAUCAAGAGGAACUACGAAAGGGCGGCGCCGACGUGCUCUUUUUCACCGGUUGGUACCGGUUUCCGCUGCACCGGGUCGAUUUGGGUUGGGGUGAGCCUGAGUUUGUGAGUGGCUUAUGCACUCCGUUUGACUCGGUCGUGUUGAUGGAUCAUAAGAAAGGUGGCGGCGAUGAUGGCGGAGUUGUGGCGGGGGUGAGCCUGACUGAAGCCAAAAUGGAUCUUUUCCGUCAGCAACACGACAUGUUGGAAUACGCUUCCCCUAAGUAG